AUGCGGCGAUUGUUUGAAGAGCUUCGCCAUCCAAAUCGAUCCGCUCCGCAUCAUUUCUCAGAUCAUUUUACCUCCCUUCAACAAACAUCUCUGGUGACUUAUCCCGUUACCUUGCGACGCCUUUGUCGCAUUAUUCCCUUUCUUCCCUAGCAGUACCUUUUGUCGUCCUUGAUCGUCCACCUCAACAUGCUCAAGACUCUAGUGCCAAGGGCGAGUCGAUCGCUGCUCUCAUCAAAAGCUCCGCAGUUUGGCCCAGCAAACCUCCGAACAGCUCCCAGCUUCCAGAUAGUGUCCCAGAAUCAACAGCGGAGGAGAGGAUACGCAUCUGAAGCUUCGGACUACGAUGUGGUGUUCAUUGGCGGCGGCGUGGCUGGCUACGUCGGUGCGAUAAAAGCUGGACAAGAGGGUCUGAAGACUGCUUGCAUCGAAAAGAGAGGUUCGCUAGGUGGCACAUGUCUGAAUGUCGGCUGCAUUCCCUCCAAAUCGCUCCUCAACAACUCACAUCUGUACCACCAAAUCCUACACGACACGAAAAAGCGUGGCAUUGAUGUUGGAGAUGUCAAGCUCAACCUGACGCAAAUGAUGAAGGCCAAGGACGAGUCCGUCUCCGGUCUGACGAAGGGUGUGGAGUUUCUGUUCAAGAAAAACAAGGUCGACUACAUCAAGGGCACCGGAUCCUUCAAGGAUGAGCACACGGUCAAGGUCAAUCUUUUGGACGGCGGUGAAACCGAGAUCCGGGGUAAGAACAUCGUCAUCGCUACUGGUAGCGAGACGACGCCGUUCCCCGGCCUCGAGAUCGACGAGAAGAAGGUCAUCACGAGCACCGGCGCAAUUGCACUCCAAGAAGUGCCCAAGAGGAUGGUCGUCAUUGGUGGUGGCAUCAUUGGUCUUGAGAUGGCAUCGGUGUGGUCGCGCCUCGGUGCCCAGGUCACCGUCGUCGAAUUCCUCGGCCAGAUCGGCGGUCCCGGCAUGGACGCGGAGAUUGCGAAACAGGCCCAAAAGAUCCUCGGAAAGCAAGGCAUCAAGUUCAAGACAAACACCAAGGUCACCAAGGGCGACGCGAGCGGCGACGCGGUCAAGAUCGAGGUCGAGGCGGCCAAGGGGGGCAAGAACGAGACCCUCGAGGCCGAGGUGGUGCUCGUCGCCAUCGGUCGCCGCCCGUACACUGACGGGCUCGGGGUCGAGAACGUCGGCGUGGAGAUGGACGAGCGCAAGCGCGUGGUCAUCGACCAGGAGUACCGCACCAACGUCCCGCACAUCCGGUGCAUCGGCGACGUGACGUUCGGCCCCAUGCUCGCGCACAAGGCCGAGGAGGAGGCGGUCGCGGCGGUCGAGUACAUCAAAAAGGGCUUCGGGCACGUCAACUACGGCGCCAUCCCGUCCGUCAUGUACACGCACCCCGAGGUGGCGUGGGUGGGACAGAACGAGGCCGAGCUGAAGGCGGCGGGGGUCAAGUACCGCGUCGGCACCUUCCCCUUCACCGCCAACUCGCGGGCCAAGACCAACCUCGACACCGAGGGCCUGGUCAAGUUCCUCAGCGACGCCGAGACGGACCGCAUCCUGGGCGUCCACAUCAUCGGCCCCAACGCCGGGGAGAUGAUCGCCGAGGCCACCCUGGCCCUCGAGUACGGCGCCUCGAGCGAGGACGUCGCCCGGACCUGCCACGCCCACCCGACCCUGGCCGAGGCCUUCAAGGAGGCCGCCAUGAGCACCUACAGUCAAGCCAUUCACUUUUGAGAGAGGUGUGUGUGUGUGUGUGUGUGUGUGUGUGUGUGUGUGAAGAAGGAAGAUCCUAGAGCAGAGUGGUGGGAGUUGGGCGGUGGGACACAAGACAUGAGUCCGGGCCGGCGGCGGCGAUGAUGAGUCAUCAUAAGCGUUUGUUGUUAAUGCAGUGAGUGGGUGGUCCGUUGCUGUUUUGGACCUCUUCUCGGACGAGGGUAUAAGAUACAAGACAGGUCCAGAGAACAAAAAAAAUGUAUAUUUUAUGUGGUUCAAGCAUUUCUUUACCUUGUGAGAAAAAGACACAAAAGUACAACGCCAUGGUGAACAGAAUGCGAGCACUAAAACGGGCAUGAUACCCUUCACGGAGUACAACAUCUGCAACAUUUUCGCAGUUAACCUGUUUCACAAGCAACCAACUACAAUCUAGGUAGGUAGUUACAAGCUACAAGCUACACACGAUGAUGCUGCGGUGCGAUUCGUUUUUCACACAACUCGUCAAACCUCGACCUCAAAGAUAGCAUACACAUAUUAG